UUCACACACCUGGAUAUAGCCCGAAGAGAAGGAAACAUAUUUUAUACAAAAGCUUCUGUCUCAGUUCAUGCAUAUUACUCAGAUCGGUUAGGGUUCGUUGAUUCUCUCUUUGUGUGGAGAUCUCUUUUGGUUUUUGGUGGAUUUCGCGGGGUUUAUCUUCUAUGGUGGAUCGAAAAUCUUUUGUCUUUACUAGUCCUCCUCGAUUAGAUAUGGAACAGUUGCUGUCGGAAGCCCAACACAGGUGGCUUAGGCCUGCCGAGAUUUGUGAAAUUCUUCAGAACCAUCACAAGUUUCACAUAGCAUCGGAGUCUCCCACCAGACCCGCCAGUGGUUCACUCUUUCUUUUUGAUAGGAAGGUGCUGAGAUAUUUUAGAAAAGAUGGACAUAACUGGAGGAAGAAGAAAGAUGGUAAAACUAUAAAAGAAGCUCAUGAGAAGCUCAAGGUAGGAAGCAUAGAUGUGCUACAUUGCUACUAUGCACAUGGGGAAGGCAACGAGAAUUUUCAGAGACGUUGCUACUGGAUGCUUGAACAAGAUUUGAUGCAUAUCGUAUUUGUACACUACUUGGAGGUUAAGGGUAACCGGACCAGUAUAGGAAUGAAAGAAAACAAUUCAAAUUCUGUAAAUGGCACAUCUUCAGUGAAUAUUGAUUCAACAGCAAGCCCAACCAGCACACUGUCAUCAUUAUGUGAAGAUGCUGAUUCCGGGGAUAGUCAUCAAGCAAGUUCUGUCCUAAGAGCAUCUCUAGAACCUCAAACUGGAAAUCGCUAUGGUUGGACACCGGCUUCUGGCAUGCGUAAUAUAUCACAUAUUCAACGCAACAUAGUCAGAGAAAGUGAUUCCCAGAGAUUAGUUGAUGUCCGACCUUGGGAUGCCGUUGGGAAUUCAGUGACAAGAUACCAUGAUCAACCUUAUUGUAAUAAUUUGUUGACUCAGAUACAGCCUUCUGUUACUGACUCAAUGCUGGUGGAAGAAAAUAUAGACAAAGGUGGGCAGUUAAAGGCAGAGCAUUUCAGAAAUCCUCUUCAAACUCAAUCAAAUUGGCAGAUUCCAAUUCAGGAUGACCUACCUUUGCCAAAAGGGCAUGUCGAUCUGUUUUCACAUUCUGGAAUGACUGAUGACACUGAUCUGGCAUUAUUUGAGCAUCGUGCACAGGAUAAUUUUGAGACAUUUUCCAGUCUCCUUGGCAGUGAAAAUCAGGAACCUUUCGGAAAUAGUUAUCAAGUUCCCCCUUCAAAUAUGGAAUCCGAAUAUAUACCUGUAAUGAAAUCAUUAUUAAGAAGCGAAGAUAGUUUGAAAAAAGUCGAUAGUUUUUCUCGGUGGGCUAGUAAGGAACUUGGCGAGAUGGAGGAUUUGCAGAUGCAGUCUUCACUUGGAGAUAUUGCAUGGACCACUGUUGAAUGUGAAACUGCGACAGCUGGGAUCACCUUAAGCCCUUCUCUCUCUGAGGAUCAACAUUUCACCAUAGUUGAUUUUUGGCCAAAAUUCGCAGAGACAGACGCAGAAGUUGAGGUCAUGGUUAUUGGGACAUUUCUGCUUAGUCCCCAAGAAGUAAUAAAAUAUAACUGGUCAUGCAUGUUUGGUGAAGUGGAGGUUCCUGCUGAAAUAUUGGUAGACGGCGUUCUUUGCUGUCAUGCUCCACCGCAUACAGCUGGUCAUGUCCCCUUUUAUGUUACAUGUUCCAACAGAUUUGCUUGCAGUGAAUUACGAGAGUUUGAUUUCCUUGCUGGUUCUACCCAAAAAAUUGAUGCUGCUGAUGUCUAUGGUCCCUAUACAACUGCAUCAUCACUUCAUUUGCGGUUUGAGAAGCUGCUUACUCACAGAGCUCUUGUUCAUGAACACCAUAUAUUUGAAGAUGUUGGGGAGAAACGAAGAAAAAUCAGUAAAAUUAUGUUACUAAAGGAGGAGAAAGAGUAUCUCCUUCCAGGGACAUAUCAGAGAUAUUCAGCCAAACAAGAACCAAAAGGACAGCUUUUCAGGGAACAGUUUGAAGAAGAACUAUAUAUAUGGCUCAUUCAUAAAGUGACUGAAGAGGGUAAAGGUCCAAACAUGCUGGAUGAAAAUGGACAGGGUAUUUUACACUUUGUUGCAGCACUUGGGUAUGAUUGGGCCAUCAAGCCGAUUUUAGCAGCAGGAGUUAACAUAAACUUCCGUGAUGCCAAUGGGUGGUCCGCCCUUCAUUGGGCUGCGUUUAGUGGCAGGGAGGAAACUGUCGCUGUGCUUGUCUCUCUAGGUGCUGAUGCUGGGGCAUUGACGGAUCCAUCUCCAGAGCUUCCUUUGGGUAAAACAGCAGCUGACUUGGCUUAUGCAAAUGGACACAGGGGGAUUUCGGGUUUUCUUGCAGAGUCUUCCUUAACUAGUUAUCUUGAAAAGCUAACAGUGGACUCAAAGGAAAAUAGCUCUGCCAACUCUUCCGGAGCAAAAGCUGUCCAAACAGUCUCUGAGCGAACUGCUGCUCCUAUGAGCUAUGGUGAUAUACCAGAAAAACUUUCCUUGAAGGAUUCACUUACCGCUGUCCGUAAUGCUACACAAGCGGCUGAUCGUCUUCGUCAAGUUUUCAGGAUGCAAUCAUUCCAGCGGAAACAGCUGUCUGAAUUUGGCGAUGAUGACAAGAUUGAUAUAUCCGAGGAGUUGGCUGUUUCUUUUGCAGCUUGUAAAAGUAAGAAUCCAGGACACAGUGAUGUCUCUCUUAGUUCUGCCGCUACCCAUAUCCAGAAGAAAUAUCGUGGUUGGAAAAAGAGAAAAGAGUUUCUUUUAAUCCGACAAAGAAUCGUUAAAAUUCAGGCUCAUGUGAGAGGACAUCAGGUGCGGAAACAAUACCGAACAGUCAUUUGGUCAGUGGGAUUACUUGAGAAAAUCAUUUUGCGUUGGAGACGCAAAGGUAAAGGCUUAAGAGGGUUCAAAGGCAAUGCAAUCCCCAAAACCGUGGAACCAGAACAGCCUGAAUCAGCUAUAUGCCCUACGAAACCACAGGAAGAUGAAUAUGAUUUUCUAAAAGAGGGAAGAAAACAAACGGAGGAAAGGCUUCAAAAGGCUCUCACUCGGGUAAAGUCGAUGGUUCAGUACCCAGAGGCACGGGAUCAAUACCGUAGACUCCUAACCGUGGUCGAGGGCUUCCGUGAAAACGAGGCUUCAUCAAGUGCAUCUGUAAACAAUGAAGAGGAACCAGUCAACUGUGACGAAGACGAUUUAAUUGACAUCGACUCUCUUUUGAACGAUGACACAUUGAUGAUGUCUUUUUCUCCAUAAAUAUUUCUUAAUUUUCUACUUCACAUUUCUUGACUCACUCGUAUUCAUUUUUUCCUUCUUUUUAACUUUUCUCUAACUUUUAUUUCUUCUCUGUAAAUACCAUACUUCUUCAUAUUACCGUUUAAUUUAUUUCUUUGGAUAUAUGAUAAUAUCAUAAUGGCUAGUCUCGAA